GGCCGAGGGAGACAUGUUUUGUAAGCAUCGAGUGGCAUUUUACACGGUGUGACGUUUUGCCUAGUCAAUUGCAAGCCAUAAGUAUCAAAUCUUUCCCCUUUCCUUGUUUCUCAAUCCUCAUACUGUUUUUGCCAACUCAUAUCCCUCCAUCUAUCCAAUUCACAUACCCUCAACAUGGCACCUCGUUACGAAUCCGACGACGUCUCGGCUGCCCCUCUAGGCGAGAAGUUGCAGUUCGCCUUUGCCAACCGCUCUGCACCUAACAGGUUCCUCAAGGGAGCCAUGACCGAGCGUCUAUCUUCAUGGGAUCCUGAGAACCUGCCUGCACGUGGUGUGCCUUCCGACCAACUCAUCAACGCAUACAGAAGAUGGGGCGAGGGUGAGAUCGGUCUGAUCUUGAGUGGUAACAUCAUGUUCGAGUACGAUCACCUCGAGGCUGCUGGCAACCCCAUCAUCCCUGUGGAUGCUUCCUACGAGGGCGAGCGUUUCGAGAACUUCAAGCGCAUGGCCACUGAGGGCAAGAAGAACGGCAUGCUUAUGGUCGGUCAGGUUUCGCACCCUGGUCGUCAAGUCGAGAGUCGUAUCCAGAAGAACCCCAUCUCUGCUAGUGAUGUCCAGCUCAAGGGCGACGUUAUGGGCAUGACCUUCGAGAAGCCCCGCCCCGCCUCCGAGCAAGACAUUGCUCGCAUCAUCGAGGGCUUUGCCCACGCCUGCGAGUACCUCGAGAAGGCUGGCUGGGACGGUGCAGAGCUCCACGGAGCUCACGGCUACCUCCUCGCUCAGUUCCUCUCUCCCACAACCAACCAGCGUGCCGACAAGUACGGUGGCAGCCUCGAGAACCGCGCCCGCUUGAUCAUCGAGAUCGCCAACGAAGUCCGCAAGCGCACAUCCCCCAACUUCAUCCUCGGCAUCAAGUUGAACUCGGUCGAGUUCCAGGACAAGGGCUUCAACCCCGAAGAAGCAAAGGAGCUGUGUAAGAUGCUUGAGGACAACAAGUUCGACUUUGUCGAGCUUUCGGGUGGUACUUACGAGCACCUUGCUUUCGGUCACAAGCGCGAGAGCACCAAGAAGCGCGAAGGCUUCUUCAUGGAGUUCUCGGACUUGAUCGCUCCCGCCUUGACCAAGACUAAGGUCUACGUCACUGGUGGCUUCAAGAGUGUUGGUGCCAUGGCCAACUCGCUCAAGUCGAUCGAUGGUGUUGGUCUUGCUCGUCCCCUUUGCCAGGAGCCCCGUCUCUGCAAGGACAUCCUUGCCGGCAAGGUCAAGGGCGCCAUCAAGCAGCGUCCCGAUGACAACAACUUCGGUAUCACCAACGUCGUUGCCGGUACCCAGAUCCGCCAGAUUUCCAAGGACCAGGAGCCCAUCGAUAUGAGCGAUGAGAAGAACGAGCAGGACUUCAUGAAGGACAUGGGCGAGUGGGCACAGAAGAUGGGCCAGGACAGCAAGAUGGAGAAGUACGGUUACAUCGACCUGACCACUGCUGCUCCCCUGCCUUACGGAGGCGCCUCCGUUUAAGGAGUGAUUUGAUUCUUUAAAAGUUUAGACAACACGAUACCCAUAGACAUGC